AUGCGAGGCCUAUACUCCCUCGGCGCCUUAGCCGGCCUCAUUACCACAGCUUCGGCUGCAUGCCCGAUGCUGACUGGCGAAAUCCCAGUAGGCAGCGUUGCGAACCCCCAUCACCACGGAAAGCGUGACAAUUCCAAUGCUUCCUCCGAAACCGAAGCCUUUCUAUCCGAGUUCUACCUCAACGACAACAAUUCCUACCUCACUAGCGAUGUAGGCGGCCCGAUUGGGGAUCAAAACAGUUUGAAGGCCGGCAUUCGUGGAUCGACACUCUUGGAAGAUUUCAUCUUCCGUCAGAAGAUCCAACAUUUUGAUCAUGAACGUGUCCCGGAACGUGCUGUGCAUGCGCGAGGUGCAGGUGCUCAUGGUGUAUUCACCUCAUAUGCCGACUGGUCCAACAUCACUGCUGCUUCAUUUUUGGGAGCUGCUGGAAAGGAAACGCCCACAUUUGUUCGCUUCUCGACUGUUGCAGGCAGCCGAGGAAGUGCCGAUACCGCUCGUGACGUUCACGGCUUCGCUACUCGCUUCUACACCGACGAAGGCAAUUAUGACAUUGUUGGAAACAAUAUCCCCGUCUUCUUCAUCCAAGAUGCUAUCUUGUUUCCAGACCUCAUUCAUUCCGUCAAGCCACAGCCAGCCAACGAAAUCCCACAAGCUGCUACUGCACAUGACACUGCCUAUGACUUCUUCGGUCAACAGCCGAGUACUUUGCACACCCUCUUCUGGGCAAUGGCCGGCCAUGGGAUUCCACGAUCUUUCCGUCACAUUGACGGAUUCGGUGUCCACACCUACCGGUUCGUGACCAAUGAUGGCUCUUCGAAGCUGGUCAAGUUUCACUGGACGUCACUGCAAGGUCGUGCUAGUCUCGUAUGGGAGGAAGCUCAGGCAGUCUCCGGCAAGAACGCCGACUACAUGAGACAGGAUUUGUAUAAUAGCAUUGAGGCUGGCCGUUAUCCUGAGUGGGAGCUCGGUGUGCAAAUUAUCGAUGAAUCGGAUGUUCUAAGCUACGGAUUCGACUUGUUGGAUCCGACCAAAAUUCUCCCUGUCGAAGAUGUCCCUAUCACUCCACUCGGAAAAUUGCAACUUAAUCGUAAUCCGUUGAAUUAUUUUGCUGAGACCGAGCAAGUCAUGUUCCAACCGGGUCACAUUGUCCGUGGUAUUGACUUCACCGAGGACCCUCUUCUCCAAGGCCGUAUAUUUUCCUACCUCGACACUCAGUUGAAUCGUAACGGUGGUCCCAACUUUGAACAAAUCCCAAUCAACCGUCCUCGUGUUCCUAUCCACAACAACAACCGCGAUGGAGCUGGCCAAAUAUUUAUUCCCUUGAACACAGCAGCAUACUCACCAAACACUUUGAAUAAUGGCUCUCCUAAGCAGGCCAACGAGACUGUCGGAAAUGGCUUCUUUACUACCCCCGGGCGCUCAACGGACGGACACCUUGUUCGUGCCACUAGUCCAACAUUCGCCGAUGUAUGGUCUCAGCCUGGAUUGUUCUACAACUCCCUGACAGCCGCUGAGCAACAAUUUCUCAUCAAUGCUUUGCGUUUCGAGUUAUCCUUGGUGGGAAAUGAGGAUGUUAAAAGCACUUUCAUUAGUCAAAUCAACCGCGUGAACAACACGCUAGCAACACUUGUGGCUUCUGCAGUUGGUAUCCCUGCACCCAAACCGGACUCUAAGUACUACCACAGCAACAAGACGUCUAACGUUGGAACAUUCGGUACUCCAUUGAAGAAGAUUGACGGCCUCAAAGUCGGAGUUCUCGCUUCAGUGAACAAUGAGAGUAGUAUCGCCGAGGGGCAAGCUUUAGCACGAAGUCUAGCGGGCUCUAACGUGGACGUCGUCAUUGUCGCCGAGCAUCUUACUUCCAACGUGUCAGCUACGUACUCUGGGUCAGACGCAACGAAUUUUGAUGCCGUCAUUGUCGGUUCCGGUGCUGAAGGUCUCUUUGGACCUCAGACCUUUACAGCAGGAUCCAUCACUACACUCUAUCCCGCAGGCCGUCCUAGUCAGAUUUUGGUUGAUGCUUUCCGCUUUGGCAAGCCAGUUGGAGCAGUGGGCGGUGCCAGUGCAGCUCUAUCAGCGGUAGAUAUCAGCACUGAUCGGACUGGUGUGGUUACUGGAGGUUCCGUCAGUGACGACUUUGUCAAGCAACUGACGGAGGACCUUGCCACAUUUAAGUUCUUGGACCGGUUUGCCGUCGAUAAAUAA